CACAUUCACCACAACCACAGCCAUUGCAGUGACAGUCAGUGCGGGUGUCGUACGGCGAGCACACACACCACCACUACUACACCACUACUACAUCACCACUACUACGACAAUACCAAACACUACUCAUUCAUAGCAGUCAUACGCGUGAAUGUGUCGCACAUCACAUCCAAUACAUCCACUCUUAUCGACUGAUUGGUGACACUCUUGUAAACUAAUGUUAGAACAGUUGAAUGUAAAGCCAAUGAAUUCAAGCAUUGAUAGCAUGAAGAAUGCAAUCAACAGUCCAUCAGUCAAUGCCUUCUGCGGACAACCACAACUGAAUGGCAAUCCGAUGAACUCAUUGGCAGAACAGGCGAACAAACUGUUGGACUUCAGUCAGAAGCUGGACAUAAAUCUGUUGGACAGUGUCGUGAACUGCAUGUAUGGCGGCGAAGGCGCUCAGCAACGGGUGGCGCAGGAGAUACUGACCACUCUUAAGGAACAUCCGGACGCGUGGACUCGUGUGGACACGAUUCUCGAGUUCUCGGGCAAUCAGGAGACCAAAUACUAUGCCCUCCAAAUCCUCGAGAAUCUCAUCAAAACCCGAUGGAAAGUAUUGCCCGAAAACCAGUGCGAAGGCAUCAAGAAGUUCAUCGUCGGUCUCAUCAUUAAGACCUCAUCCGAUCCCUCGACUCUUGAGAGAGAAAAAUUGAAUGUAAAGCCAAUGAAUUCAAGCAUUGAUAGCAUGAAGAAUGCAAUCAACAGUCCAUCAGUCAAUGCCUUCUGCGGACAACCACAACUGAAUGGCAAUCCGAUGAACUCAUUGGCAGAACAGGCGAACAAACUGUUGGACUUCAGUCAGAAGCUGGACAUAAAUCUGUUGGACAGUGUCGUGAACUGCAUGUAUGGCGGCGAAGGCGCUCAGCAACGGGUGGCGCAGGAGAUACUGACCACUCUUAAGGAACAUCCGGACGCGUGGACUCGUGUGGACACGAUUCUCGAGUUCUCGGGCAAUCAGGAGACCAAAUACUAUGCCCUCCAAAUCCUCGAGAAUCUCAUCAAAACCCGAUGGAAAGUAUUGCCCGAAAACCAGUGCGAAGGCAUCAAGAAGUUCAUCGUCGGUCUCAUCAUUAAGACCUCAUCCGAUCCCUCGACUCUUGAGAGAGAAAAAGUCUAUUUAAACAAGUUAAAUAUGAUUUUAGUUCAGAUACUGAAGAGGGAAUGGCCUAAAAAGUGGCCCAAUUUUAUCGAUGACAUCUGCGGUGCGUCCAAAACCAAUGAAAGUCUUUGUCAGAAUAAUAUGAUUAUUUUGAAACUAUUGAGUGAGGAAGUGUUUGACUUCUCGUCGGGUCAGAUGACUCAGGCGAAGGCCAAACACCUGAAGGACACGAUGUGUCAGCAGUUCCGAGAGGUGUUCACAUUGUGUCAGUUCGUGAUGGAGAACUCCAACAACACGACACUCAUUCAGUGCACUUUGGAGACAUUGUUGCGGUUCUUGAAUUGGAUUCCUUUGGGCUAUAUCUUCGAGACGGGUCUCAUCAAUGCUCUCAUCUAUAAGUUUCUGAUUGUGCCGCAGUUCCGGAACGUGACCCUCAAGUGUCUGACAGAGAUCGCGGGCGUGAAGGCCAUGACAUACGACGAGAUGUUUGUAAUGAUGUUCACGUCGACGAUGACUCAGUUGGAGCUGAUGUUGGCGCCCAACUCCAACAUUAAGGACAACUACGCCAACGGACAGGACGACGAACAGAAACUCAUCCAAAACCUGAGUCUCUUUUUGUGCACAUUUCUCAAAGAGCACUCACAGCUCCUGGAGACUGAGGCGUCCCUUCAAACCGUAUUAUUGGGUGCUCUCCACUACUUACUGCUCAUCUCAGAGGUCGAUGAGGUGGAGAUCUUCAAGAUAUGUCUGGAAUACUGGGGCGCAUUGGCCACAGAGCUGUACCGCGAGUCGCCACUAAUGAGACCCCAUUCGGUGUAUCGCGAGACCCCCUUCUCGAUGCCUCCGCGACGAAAGCUAUACCAACCGGUGCUCACGAAAAUCAGAUACAUUAUGAUCGGACGCAUGGCUAAGCCCGAGGAGGUGUUGGUGGUGGAGAAUGAGCAAGGUGAAGUGGUCAGGGAGUUUAUGAAGGACACCGACUCCAUUCAGCUCUACAAGAAUAUGAGGGAAACACUGGUCUACUUGACUCACUUGGACUGCGCCGACACCGAGAGGAUUAUGACGGAGAAGCUGCACAACCAGGUGAACGGGACAGAGUGGUCGUGGAGGAACCUGAACACUCUCUGUUGGGCCAUCGGAUCCAUCAGUGGCGCCAUGAGUGAAGAGGACGAACGCAGAUUUCUAGUCACUGUUAUUAAGGAUCUGUUGGGUUUGUGCGAACAGAAGAGGGGCAAAGACAACAAAGCCAUCAUCGCCUCCAACAUCAUGUAUGUCGUCGGACAGUACCCGCGCUUUCUCAGAGCCCACUGGAAGUUCUUGAAGACUGUCGUCAAUAAGUUAUUUGAGUUUAUGCACGAAACCCAUGAAGGCGUUCAGGACAUGGCGUGCGAUACGUUCAUUAAGAUCGCACAGAAGUGUCGGCGCCAUUUCGUUCAGGUCCAGGUCGGGGAAGUGAUGCCUUUCAUCGAGGAGAUCCUCACUAACAUUAAUACUAUUAUAUGUGAUCUUCAGCCGCAACAGGUCCAGGUCGGGGAAGUGAUGCCUUUCAUCGAGGAGAUCCUCACUAACAUUAAUACUAUUAUAUGUGAUCUUCAGCCGCAACAGGUUCACACAUUCUAUGAAGCUGUCGGACAUAUGAUCAGCGCUCAGACGGACCAAUCGGUUCAGGAGCAUCUGAUUGAGAAAUACAUGUUUUUACCGAAUCAGGUCUGGGAUGACAUAAUAAAUCAGGCGACGAAGAAUGUGGAUGUCCUCAAAGAUCCCGACGCUGUCAAACAGUUGGGCAAUAUAUUGAAGACCAAUGUUCGGGCGUGUAAGGCGUUGGGUCACCCAUAUAUGGCUCAAUUGGGACGCAUAUACCUGGAUAUGUUGAAUGUCUACAAAGUGAUGAGUGAGAACAUCAGUGCCGCCAUUGCUCUCAAUGGAGAAGUGGUGACAAAACAGCCCCUCAUUAGGUCUAUGCGGACCGUCAAGAAAGAGACUUUAAAAUUGAUCACCGGUUGGGUCUCCCGAUCCACUGAUCCACAGCUAGUGUUGGAUAACUUCAUCCCUCCAUUACUGGAUGCGGUUCUAUUGGAUUAUCAAAGAUGUUCUGUGCCUUCAGCUCGAGAGCCGGAAGUGCUCUCAACUAUGGCUACAAUUGUCAGCAAAUUAGAGAAUCACAUCACUUCCGAAAUACCAAAAAUAUUUGACGCCGUCUUUGAGUGCACUCUAGAGAUGAUAAACAAAGACUUCCAGGAGUUCCCGGAGCACAGGACCAACUUCUUCCUGCUGCUGCAGCAGGUGGUGACGCACUGCUUCCAGGCCCUCCUCAACAUCCCUCCCACGCAAUUCAAGUUAGUGUUGGACUCAAUCAUAUGGGCGUUCAAACACACGAUGCGAAACGUGGCCGACACCGGACUCUCCAUUCUCUUCAAACUGCUGGAGAACAUCGGCAGUGAGGAGACUGUGAUGCAGAGCUUCUACCAGACCUACUAUACAGACAUUGUUCAGCACAUGUUCUCUGUGGUGACGGACACGUCGCACACGGCAGGCCUCCUGAUGCAGGCCAACAUCCUGGCCUAUAUGUUCUACAUCAUUGAGACCAACAAACUCACCACUCCAUUGAACCCCACCCUCCAGACCACCGGCCAAACCAACGUCCAGUACAUCCAGGAGUUUGUGGCCAAUCUGCUGAAGACAGCCUUCCCUCACUUGACUGAAGCGCAGAUUAAGAUCACAGUCCAGGGCUUCUUCAAUCUGGACCAAGACGUGCCGGCUUUCAAAGAGCACUUACGAGACUUUCUCGUCCAGAUCAGGGAGUUCGCGGGCGAAGACAACAACGAUCUCUUUCUGGAGGAAAGGGAGGCGUCGUUGAGGCAGAAGGAAGACGAGAAGCGUCGCAUCCAACUGUCUGUUCCCGGAAUCAUAAAUCCUCACGAAAUGCCUGAAGAGAUGGCAGACGACGACAACUGAUGAUCACUUAAUGACAACAAUCUCUCAAAAGAAUUGAAUUAUUUUAUUGCUUUAGUAUUAGAUUUAAAUAAGAAUUUCAUAACUAAUUGAAAGAAAUCUAUGAUUUUAUAACAAAUUAGAGAAAGUGAACCAAAAUUUAGUGAUUCCUAAGAAUAUUAUAUUUGUUAAGAAAUGACAAAAUUUGGGAAAUUUUUUAGAGAGACUUCUAAUCAGCCGAAGCACUGGUGGACUAAAUUGACUCUCAAAGAGUCGCCAUUGAAAGCAAGUGUUUAUAUAUUAGUAUAAUAUUUAUGAUAUGAGUGUUAGUUAUAAACAAAUUGAAUGAAUGGAUGUGUGAUUACUGUAUGAAUGUGUCUAUUAUUGUCUCAAUUAUUGUAAUUUUAUGUAAAUCUGAAGAUCCGCUCA